CUGCGCCGUGCGGCCGGGCCGGGCCAUGACGGGCGAGGCCGUGCGGGAGCUGCUGCAGCGGCUGCGGGCGCUGCAGAGCGAGCGGGUCGAGACGUAUCGGCUCUUCGAGGAGGGCCACCGGGCAUACCUGAGCAGUGCCCCCCACUAUGACUUCCCGCGGUACCGGCAGCUGGUGCACGAGGUCACCGUGGCCUUCAGUGGCAUCUCCCGGGAGGUGCUGGGCAUCGCCGGGCGCCUGCGGGACGAGCUCGGCCGCCCCGACCUGGCCCAGCACCUGGCCCGGCUCCAGGAGCGGGAGCAGGAGAAGCUGCAGCUGACGGCGCAGCUGCAGCUGGCCCAGCAGCAGGCACAGGACCAGCCCGAGGUGGACACUCAUCAGCAGGAGGUGCGGGAGCUCAAGCACAAGCUAAUUAAAACCAUUGAGGCAAUCAGCGAAAUUCUCCAGGACCUUAAGUACGAUUCGGAAGAAGUUGAGUGAUGGGUGUCCCCGUGGGA